AUGGCAGAUAGAAACAUCACUUUGAUUAAAGACUUGGACAAUAUGAAGGAUGAUUACACACUAAAAGUGUCUAUCAUCCGGCUAUGGAGAUCACUUUCAGAUGUUAACCCCAUUAUUUUCAAAUCAAUCGAGAUGAUAUUGAUGGAUGAGAUGUGUACUAAAAUCCGAGCAAGUGUCUAUCCAAGAGAUUUUCAAAGGUUUGAAUCGAAACUGAAAGAAGAUCAAGCUGUUUACAUCCGAUCCCCCACUAUCCCUCCUAACAGAUACAGUUUUAAAAUAAGUGAUGUAACCUCCAAGUUAAACUUGAAUGGAAGAACAACUGUGAAUGAGUGUCUACACAUUCAAUCAAAAACAACAUACGGGUUUUCUUGUGUUUCGUUUGAAAGAAUUAUCUCUGCAACAACUACAUCUAAUGACUCGAUUGAUGUUAUUGGUGAAAUUGUUUCGUUAGGAAAGCUUGAUUCUCGUGAUGUUAACGUGACGUUGUUUGGAGAUAUUGCAUACCAAUUGAUUUCUUAUCUUGAAGCUCAUAAACAAGUUGGUCGUAUGAUUGUUCUUUUGCACUUGGUUGGAUUACGAGGACUUCAAAACUCUUCUUCUUCUUUGACUGUUGAUAGCUCUCAAUCAUAUUCUGAAUAUGAUGACUUUUUGAAUAAUCACAAUGUUAAAAAUGUUGUUGAUUUGCCAGAACCACAAGAGGAAGGAAAAUUCAUCAUUGUUGGGACCAUUUAUGGUAUUCGACAAGAUACUGACUGGUACUAUGAUGCGUGUACAAACUAUGAAAAGAAAGUUGAUGCAAGGAAUGUGUUUAGCGGUUCAGAAAGUAGUGAUGCAAGUGUGGUUUAUGAAUGCUAUACUGAUAAGUGUAUAAAAAAGGAAAUAUCUUCUGUUCCAAGGUAUAAAAUACCUAUUCGUGUCCACAUAAAUAAAUAUUAA